ACAUCUCAGUGCCAUGGAAAGUACAACUGCACUACAACUCCCAACAUCCCCCGCGAUCAAAAAACAACCGGAAGUGACUCUGUUGCAAACUCUGGCUUACAGGCUGCUGUUAUUUGUCGUAGAAAGAUAUCAAGAUAAGGGUCAUAACUUUCAUGGAGCAAGAGGGGCAGCUGCCCCAGGUGUUGCGAGGAUGAAGAUAGUACAAUAGAGAAUGAUUUGAAGCCCUAUACUCCACUCCAUUUCAUUCACAUUAAUGGCCAACGGAAUCAGUCCCAUUACAGUUAAGAAUGAGUGCUACACAGAAUCACUUCCAGAUGAUUGGGAUACAGAAUCAACUGCUUCUAUAUCUAUCCAUAAUGAGAGAGAAACUGGGAAGGGCCGGAAUAUAUGCGAGAAUAAAGAAAAUCAGUUGGCAGACACAGAAGAAUCCAGGCCAGACAGGGUAAGCAAUAAUGAAUAUAUCGCAGAAUUUUGGGAAAGACCUGAUGAAAUGGAUAAAAAGACUGUCAGUGGUGAAAAGCGUUAUCAUUGUAUCGACUGUGGGAAAAGCUUCACACGCAAGUCAUCCCUUAUUGUCCAUCAGAGGAUCCACACAGGGGAAAAGCGCUUUAUGUGCAUAGAGUGUGGGAAGAAGUUUGGCUUGAAAUCCUCACUUGUCAGGCACCUGAGAACUCACACUCCAAAGGCCCUAAACAUAUGUCCUGAAUGUGGAAAGUGCUUCACUCGAUAUUCCAGCCUUUUCCAGCACCAGAAGGUUCACAGGACAGAGAAACUUUAUAAAUGUUCCCACUGUGAAAAAAGCUUCUCUCGGGCAUCAGCUCUUGUAGUUCAUCAAAAAACCCACAAGGAGGAGAAAUUGUCUAACAAAACAGAGAGUGGUGAGAAGAUCAAUGAUCAUGAUAAACUAGUAAACCAUCUUUCAGCCACAGAAGAAUCCUGUGUAUAUGUGAAAUGUUAUAAAGACGUCAUAGAACAAGGAUCCCCAAAGAGACUUAGGGGAAAACACACAGUGGCAGAUCCAGUGCCCAAGGAUAAUGCAGAUAAAGUAUUUUGUAUACACAACAGUUCCCUUGGUAGGGAAAGGGACCGUAAUACUUGUAAACCAUCUAAUAACAAAAAUAACCAUGAAAAAACAUGCUGGGAAAAAGGAGAUUGUGCAAGGGGCAGAGAACAAUCGCAUACAAAUAAAAAGUGUGAAUUCAGCUCGAUAGAGAGCAGAACUCUCUGUGGUGAGAAGCGCUAUCAUUGUAUUGACUGUGGGAAAAGCUUCACACGCAAAUCAUCCCUUAUUGUCCAUCAGAGGAUCCACACAGGGGAAAAACGCUUUAUUUGCACAGAAUGUGGGAAGAGAUUUGGUCUGAAAUCCUCUCUCGUUAGACAUCUGAGAACUCAUACCCCCAAAACAUUAAAUAUUUGCCCUGACUGUGGCAAGUGCUUCGCCCGAUACUCAAACCUUUUCCAGCACCAGAAAGUCCACAGAAGGGAGAAACCAUCUAAAUGUUCCCAACGUGAGAAAAGAAUCAGUCGGCCAUUACAACUUUUAGUUCCCCACAAUGGGGAGAAACAUCCUGAAAAAGUAGAAAGUGGUGAGAAUAUUGGUGCCAAAUGUCUAGCUAAUAACCAGAACGUGCGGAUGGAACAUGAUUUAAUGGAGGAGGAAACAUAUUCCAGUAUUCCCAAAGAGGUGAACACCGGAGUAUGUUGCAUAAAUCCAUUGCGAAAGGAUGAGAAACCUGCAGCUGAAAAAAGUUGCCUGGAAGUUGCAUCGAGCAAUGAAUGUACAGAAAGGUUUUGGGGUAGAUCUGAGGUAUUGGGCAGGAGAACUGUCAGUAGUGAGAAACGCUAUCUUUGUAUCGACUGUGGCAAAAGCUUUACACGCAAGUCAUCCCUUAUCGUUCAUCAGAGGAUCCACACAGGAGAGAAGCGUUUCAUGUGCACAGAGUGCGGGAAGAGGUUUGGACUUAAGUCUUCUCUUGUUAGACACCUCCGAACUCACACUCCAAAGACAUUAAAUAUAUGUCCUGAGUGUGGCAAGUGCUUCGCUCGUUAUUCCAGCCUUUUCCAACACCAAAAGGUCCACAGAAGAGAGAAACCCCAUAAAUGUCACCAUUGUGAAAAAAGCUUCUCCCGUACUUCACAACUUCUGGUUCAUCAGAGAACGCACAAAGGAGGGAAGCUGUCUUCUAAACUAAAGUGUGAGAGUGUUGGUGAACAUCCUAGAACCAACAGAACUGAGCAGUUCUUUAUGUGUGUUGAAUGUGGUAUGAGCUUCUGUGAAGAAAUCUUAUUAACAACACAUCAAAAAAUACAUAAAGGUGAGUGUUGCUAUAAUUAUUUACAAUCAGGUGUAGAGGAACUGGAAACUUUUUGGUGGACUCUAGAAUGGCACUGGAAUCGGUAUUUCACCCGGUGGAUGUUUUUGACUGGUUAUAGGGAAAGACAUGGAAAAUGGUUUUCUUUCCAUCUUAAAAACCUUUUUGUUCUAAGAUACGUUCAGCCAGGCAUAUCUCCUGCUUGCAAAUACUGCACAAGCGAUAUUCUUACUGUCAACUACUACAUGUGCCUGUUUUCUACGAGAGCUCUGGGAGCUGACUGUAUCGUUCCAACAAGCCUUAAAGAUGGAGCGUCUGAUGUUCUGGAAUGGGAUAGCGUGCAUGAUAAGUCAUAUCUUGUUGAAAAUAAUUACACCACCCAUAACAGCAGCCCUGUAAAUAUUAACCCUGACUCCAGAUCAAGAGGACCUAACACAAACAGUGAAUGUGUGAUAGACGUGAAACACGAAUCUAGUACGAAAGCUCACGGUAGCGAGAAACGGUAUCAUUGUAAUGACUGCGGCAAAAAUUUCACACGCAAAUCAUCCCUAAUUGUCCAUGAGAGGAUCCACACAGGGGAGAAACGCUUUACGUGCACAGAGUGUGGGAAGAGGUUUGGACUUAAAUCCUCUCUUGUUAGACACAUAAGAACCCACAGUGGACGUGUACUCAACAUCUGCUCGAAAUGUGGCAUCUAUUUCAGCCGAUAUUCAGACCUUUUGCUGCACUUGGAAAUUCAUAAUUGUGAAACACAAGUAAAAUCUGAUGUUUCAGUCUCAAAAGCGGAGCCAGUUGAGAGCCACAGUGUCAUGAAUCUAGAUGGAUCGGUGAACGUAGCCAAUUUGCUGGCAUCAGUACCUGUACAGAAAGAUUCGGAAUCCUGUCUUUUAAGCAAGGACCAAAGCUCGGAAUGUGAGAAGUCACGGCCUGUUGCAUCAGAAUGUAUGAAUGAUUCUGUGCUUAUCGGAUAUUCGGAUAGAGGAGAAAAAAUAGGGCAAGAUAAUCAGGACCAAGAUUCUGUGAACAUAAAAAAAGAGUCACCAGAGAAUAUCUGUACAGCAGAUGGACAUCUAGAUGGAGAUAAGAUAGACGAGUUUCCCUCUUACCCUUAUGCACUAGACUGGGGAGUAGAAUUUGAUAUUUCAAAACCUUUCAAUGGUGAAGAACAUUCUGGCAAACAACAAACAUCUAGGAGAAGAAAGGAAAACUGUAGUGAAGAACCCCACUUAGAUGUGAUGUUUCAUCAAGACUUUGGAAUAAAUGUGUGGAAUACAUCUAAUGCAGUAGAAAAAGAAAGUGGUGAGAAGCGCUUUCUAUGUAUUGACUGUGGGAAAAGCUUCACACGCAAGUCAUCCCUUAUAGUCCAUCAGAGGAUCCAUACAGGGGAGAAACAUUUCAUGUGUACAGAAUGUGGGAAGAGGUUUGGUUUAAAAUCUUCUCUUGUCAGACAUCAAAGAAUACACUCUACAGAGUUUUUUAGGUGUAUUGAAUGUGGGAAAAGUUUUAGGGAAUAUUCAAAGUUUUUACAUCAUCAGGCAAGUCAUACUGGUGAGUGGCCCUACAAAAAGAACAAUCUAACUGUGCGCUAAUAAGCCCUCAUAUAAUACUCAUGACAAAAGAAUCUCAUGCUAUAGUGCUUCAACAAACUGUAGCAAAGUAGUUACUCCAGCAAAACAUCAUAUCAUUCUCAUACAGUUGCCCAAAAAGAUAAGUUAGGGAUGUUUUUCCUAUAUAUUUUUUUAAGACAAAUUGUCAGAUAUAAAAUAAAAUUAUAGCUGGAUUCAACAUUGACAUAAGUCAACUGAGCAGGAAGCUCUUGGUCUACGCGAACAGCAGAGAAAACCUGAACAUCUAGCAGUAUUUUUUUCCCCCCAAUUACACAAUAUCAAUAAACAGUACUGGAGAAAUAAAGCACAUGGUCUGAAGCUGUUUCUGUCAUUUAAUCAAGAAAAAUAGAAAUAUUAAUAAAUAGCAAAGUGCGGCAUUAAAAGCCCUGGGGCACAACAAGUGUAGUGAAUGGUUUCAUGUAUAACAUGUUUCAUUGAAGAAUCAGCCUUUCGAGUGGAAAACAGAGGUUGUGGUGAUGGGAAACAAGUUCAUGAGAGCCCAAGUAGAGCGCUCAGCAUGAAGGCAUCUGUCAGACUAUUUUUGCAUUCUUCAGAAUAACAGCCAAUGGAGACAGCUAUUAAGGACAUAUGUCAGAGGCUUUAAGGUCUGGUUCCCCUAUAAUCCAGAGCUUCUAGAACAUUUAAUAAGUUCCAUUGUGUAGUCUGGAGAGACGAGUGGUAUGUGUUUCAGAAUCAUGUUGGCAGGGGGCGACUAUGGAGGGUGGAUUUGCUGUUUUGCCAUUAUAUCAUGUAUAGCUCUCCAUAAUGAGGGUACCCCCACAAUUUACAUACUAGAGAUUAUUUACCUCCUUCUAGCUCAUCUAUAGUUAUUUUAGUGACUGCCACAGAGCACAUGAUGUGGCAUCUAGAUGGCAGCUCUCACCAGAUACUUGAAAGUAGCAAUACACAUUUUUGUACCAUUGAUACUCAAGGGAAAUACACAAUUUGUAUUGUUACACAGGUGUAAGUAUUAUGAAUGAAGAAACACUGAAAUGUAACUUCCAGAGCAAAUCCAUGGCAAUCAUUUGUGUCAAAUUAAAGUCGUACGUUGUGGGGAGAUGGGGCAUUAGUGCAGAAGGUGUCCACGAAAGAUAUUCUGUCAAAUUCCACCGCUGUUAAAACAAUGAACUCAGUGUAACAUUUGCCAAAUUUGAAUGCUGUUUGUACUUUCUCACUGUUUUUUAAUUUCGUAUUUUUUUAGUUUAAAUCUGUAGAAUGCAUGGGAAAUGUCACCUACUACUUUCACGUGCAUCUGCCGAUUCUGAUAUAUUGCCCAGCAUUAAAGCAUCUCUAACAAAA